CGCCGUUGUAAGUGACUGGAUAAAUACGGUCCGAAAAAAGUGAUUGUCCGGGGGAAAAAGUAUGCAUUUUCCUUCGAGACUUGGGGUAAAAAGUUGUAGUCAAACUAAGGCUCGUACCUCCCGCGAAAUAUUUUGCUAUGCUUGUUCUCUAAAUCCAUAAGAUAUUUUUAUUCUCUUUAAAAACACCGAAUUCCGCGUCGUUUUGUGUAAUCAUGGCGACAAAUUCUCAGUCGCGGGUGGACGAUUUAGUGCUCAGUGUGACUCUCUACAAUCAGUUGAGAAAUAUCUUUAACGGGUAUAUUUUACCUUUUGUAUUUCUUUAUCUAAUUUGGAUCUAUUGCUGGAUUUUUGUCUACGGAAUCGAAGAGUAUUACGAUGCUGGUUUGGUCGGCUUUGCGGCUAUCGGUCUUUUACAAAUUUUUGUCUGCCUUUGUUGUCAGUGGUCUGUACACAUAUACUGCUUUCUAAAUUGUGUCAAAAGAAAAAGUCCAUACGAUGCCUCACUAGUAAAAGUCGUUCCCACUCCAAAUAAUGGAAGUUCAGAACUCGUUAAAUUGUAUUGUCUCAAGGAUCAAAAUCCUUGGUUUAUUUUCCAAAAAACGAAGUACAUUUGGAACCCAAAUAAAAAAAAAUUCGAGGGCUUGCAAUUUCCAGUCAAUCAUUCGGUGCAACAUUAUUCCGAUUGGAAGGGAUAUCCCAGUGAAAAUGAAGUCUCUGAGACAGAGGAAAAAUACGGCAAAAACAAAUUGGACAUGGAAGUUCCAGAAUUUUGGGACCUAUUCCGAGAGCGAGCAAUCGCCCCUUUUUUCGUAUUUCAAGUAUUUUGUGUCGCUCUUUGGUGUCUCGACAAAUAUUGGUACUACAGUAUUUUUACGCUUAUCAUGCUUGUCAUGUUUGAAUGCACCCUCGUUCAACAACAACUGCGAAACAUGGCAGAAAUUAGAAAAAUGGGAAAUAAACCCUACCUGAUAAUGGUUUACAGGAACAGAAGAUGGCGACACAUUUUCACUGAUCAACUCGUUCCUGGAGACAUUGUUUCGAUAACGAGAUCUCAGAAUGAUAAUCUCGUGCCCUGUGAUAUGCUUCUAUUGAAAGGACCCUGUGUUGUCGACGAAAGUAUGUUAACGGGAGAAUCGGUUCCACAAAUGAAAGAGCCGAUCGAAGAUGUUGAGGGAAGUCAAGUUUUGGACCUUGAAGGAGACGAUAAGCUGCAUAUUUUAUUUGGGGGCACGAAAGUCGUUCAACAUUCGCCGCCUAGUAAAAAUUCUUUGGGUCUCAGGGCGACGGAUAACGGUUGCAUUGCCUAUGUUCUAAGAACCGGAUUUUCAACAUCCCAGGGAAAAUUGUUGAGAACGAUAUUGUUUGGAGUAAAGCGCGUCACUGCGAAUAAUCUCGAGACUUUUGGAUUCAUUCUUUUCCUUUUGAUUUUCGCGAUUGCGGCUGCCGCCUAUGUUUGGAUCAAAGGAAGUGAAGAUCCUGAGAGAAACAAGUACAAACUGUUUUUGGAGUGCACGCUGAUUUUAACUUCAGUAGUCCCUCCCGAAUUGCCGAUAGAAUUAUCUCUGGCUGUGAACACGUCACUUUUGGCAUUAUCAAAAUUAGGUGUAUUUUGUACCGAACCAUUCAGGAUACCCUUCGCUGGAAAAGUCGAAAUUUGUUGUUUCGACAAAACCGGAACGCUCACGAGCGAUAAUUUAGUUGUAGAAGGCAUAGCUGGAGUAGAUGGUAAAUCAAAAGUGACGGAAUUAUCUGACGCUCCCAUAGAGAGCGUUCAAGUUUUAGCAACGUGUCAUUCUUUAGUUCAAUUAGACGACGGAAUAGUUGGAGAUCCUUUAGAAAAAGCUACUUUAAAAGCCGUUAACUGGAAUCUAACAAAAAGCGAGGCAGUAAUUCCGAAAAAGGGCAAAUCCCCAGUUUUAAAAAUCGUCCAACGUCAUCAUUUUUCCUCCGCUCUGAAGAGGAUGUGCGUCGUCUCUGGAUAUUCCGGAUCCACGGAAGUUCAGUACAUCGUGACAGUGAAAGGAGCGCCGGAAACGCUGAAAGCGAUGUUCACUUCAGUGCCGGAAAAUUACGAAGAAACAUAUUUGUCACUCUCUCGGCGGGGUGCAAGAGUUUUGGCUUUGGGACAUCGUAAAAUACCGGGUUCCUUGUCGCCCCAGGACUUGAGGAAAUUGUCGCGAGAUGAACUGGAGAGUGAUUUGAAUUUCGCGGGAUUUGUGAUUAUUAGUUGUCCGCUGAAACCGGAUUCGAAGGCGGUGAUUAAGGAAAUUCAGAAUGCGACACAUUCUGUGGUUAUGAUUACUGGGGACAAUCCGCUCACUGCGUGCCAUGUUAGUCGGGAACUUCAUUUUACGAGAAAACCGGUGACUCUAAUUUUAACGGAAGUUGAGGGAUCGUGGCUGUGGCAAAGUGUGGAAGGUACUGUUCAGAUUGGCCUCUUCUCGAGGGAAGGAAGUUUGAAGAAAAAGAAGAUUUGGGAAGUUUAUGCGCUCUGCGUCACCGGCGAGGUUCGUGUCGCAAUUCUCUCUAGUCCGCCUGAGUGCGUUUCACCAGAAAAACGCGAUUCCACUCCAACAACUCCGACCGCUUCUUCGUCAAGUCUUCAACCAAAUAGCAGACUUACUUUGCAAGCUCAGCAAUCCAAUAGCAGAGCCAAUUUACAAAAAUCCCUGCUGAAGGAACUCGAAGAACAGGAUCAGGCCGUUGUUGUAAAAUUGGGAGACGCUUCCAUCGCCGCGCCAUUUACAAGCAAAUGGUCUUCAAUUCAAUGCAUUUGUCACAUAAUCAAGCAAGGUCGUUGCACUUUAGUGACGACUUUGCAGAUGUUCAAGAUCUUGGCACUGAAUGCCUUGAUCUUGGCCUACAGUCAGUCCGUGCUGUAUCUGGAUGGGAUAAAAUUCAGUGACAAACAGGCAACUUUGCAAGGAAUCUUGCUCGCUGCUUGCUUCCUGUUUAUUUCUCGCUCAAAGCCACUCAAAACCUUAUCGAAACAACGACCACUGCCAAAUAUCUUUAAUCUCUACACCGUACUGACUGUUCUCCUUCAAUUUGCGGUGCACUUUUGCUGCCUUAUUUAUCUCGUUCGAGAAGCUGCGAUUCUCUCGCCAAAAGACGACAAACUGUCGGCGAUCCUCGCCCCGAAGCAUAAUUCUACUGUGGAAAACGUUUUCGAUGAUUCCGAGGAAGAGGAACCGUUUGAGGCGAAUAUUAUUAACAGUACUGUGUAUAUAGUUUCUAUGGCGUUGCAGGUUGCGACUUUUGCAAUCAAUUACAGGGGACAACCUUUUAUGGAGAGUCUUUUUGAAAACAAAGCUCUCCUCUAUUCUCUGGUAGGAAGUACCGUUGCCAUUUUAGCCCUGGCGUCUGGAUUUAUUCCCGACACUGCCUACGAAUUCGAAAUUGUGGAUUUCCCAAGCGAAUUCCGCAAAACCUUAGUUCAAAUUCUAAUAGCUAAUUUCGUGAUGGUUUAUCUGGUUGACAGAAUCUGUCGCUGGUUAUUUGGCGAGGGAAAGCACGUAAAACUGUGAUUAAAUUGCGAUUAUUUAACAAAUUUCAUAUUCAAUAAUCAGGAUCUUACUGAAAACUAAAGAGCUCAUCUACCUAUUUUUCGCAUACAUCGACAGUCUUAUUUCAUACGAGUAGUUUACUAUUUCUCACUUAGGUAUCUAAAAGCAAUAGCACAAGCACAUCGUCCAUAAAAAAUACUCUCUGUGAAGGAAGAAAAGAGUUUAUUCGGGAGCAGUUAAAUUAAUACCGAGAAGGACACUCCAAUUGUAAAUAAAUAAUCUCGAGUUCAUUCUCAGAAAGUAAACAUUUUUUAAUACAUUCCGUAGCGAAGCAGGAAAUUAUUGAAACAAUUUGAAAGUGUAGAGUAUACAUCUUUAUUUGGAACUAAUAAUGAUUUCUGUACUUGUAACUUGUAUUGGAAAAUAGUGUGUGUACGAUUUUUCUCACUUUGAGCGAGGACAAUGAAUUUUUGCAGCUUUUUGUGUGAUUAUUUGAAGUAUGUUUGGAAAUUAAAUAUUAGGUAGAAUUCUGUAACAUACGAGCGACUGAAAGUCUGAGUUAUGAAGGAAAAUCAGUAAAAAGUAAAUGAAAAUACUUUCUCUUUAUACCUUCGGUAUAUGCGAUGGAAAUGUAAAAAUAUAAAUAGGUUGUCUUAUAAAGUCGAAUUACAUGUAUCUUAUUUGUAUAAUUUGUAUUGUAAGUCAGCGAUUAUUACUGAUUAAUAAACAUCAUUCCUUCGUGCGGAUGUUUUAUC